AUGGGUAACUUCUUGUUUCCUUAUGUUAGUUUAGUUUAGUUUAAAUGAUGUUGAUGAAAGCUUUCCCUUUUACUUAGUUUUGUGCCUGUAACUUGGCUAUUUCAUUUGAAUAUGAUGUUGAGUUUAUUGGUGGAUGAACCCAUUCGUUUGAUUUAUGGACAGUUUUUAUGUUCAUCAAUCUGUAUUCUUGGAGUCUGUUGAUACCUCUUGGAGGCUAGAGGCUUGUGGCCACAUUAACUCUGCUGCUUACCCCCUCCUUACACUGUUAAACAUGCUAGAGAUUGAGCCAUAUAGGAAGGCUGAUUUCACCCCUGAGGAAAUGAAGGCUCGGAAGCGGAUUCUUAAACUUGAUUCAGAUGAAGCUUCAGUUUUGCCUGUUAAUAAGCGAAGAAAAGGCAUCAGUGAGCCACUUCCUGAGCCAAAUAAGAAUGAACAAGCUCUUUCAGAGUCAGCUUUGAAUAAACUUGUUGGAGCUGCUGAAGUCUUUGACUUAGAGGAGAAAAAAGCACCAACAACCCUGAUGUGUAGUCUAAAGCCUUACCAGAGUCAAGCUCUGUAUUGGAUGACAGAAAUUGAGAAGGGAGCUGAUGAUGAAAAUGCUGAUAGAAAUCUACAUCCUUGCUGGUCAGCCUACAAUAUAUGCAAUGGAAGGACAAUUUAUGUGAACAUAUUUACUGGGGAGGCGGCAAAGAAAUUUCCACAAGCAACACAGAGAGCAAGAGGAGGAGUGAGUUUAUUCUGGCGGAUGCAAUGGGACUUGGAAAGUUCAAGGAGCAAGUUGUCAAGACCGAAUUUUGAGCCUAACAAAGGCUACCCAGAUGAGAAAGAUGUUGGUUUUCUGAAGGAUUCAGAGAUGGGUGGUUCUGGUUCUGGUGUUGGUGGGUCUAACAAUAACAACGCUGUUGGUAGUAACUCAGGUAUGCAAGAACUAACCCUAAGCUAUCUUUGUGGAAGUAAAAAAUUGAGUCUUGCUGAUAAAGAUGUUCAUGGUGAUGGUGAUGAUGAGAGUUUUCUGAAUUCUUUUGAUAAAAUGAGUCAAAAGGGUAAAGAGGUUAUGGUUUCUGAGAAUUCAAACCAAGAUGGGAAAUGGGUUGAAAGAGAUUUUCUUAACACUGAAUCUCUUAUCAUCAAUGGCCACAGAAAUAUUCUCUUCUCUGGUUCUAUUCAUUACCCUCGCAGCACCCCUCAGAUGUGGGGAGACUUGAUAGCGAAAGCAAAACAAGGAGGAUUGGAUGUUAUCCAAACCUAUGUGUUUUGGAAUCUUCAUGAACCUCAACCCGGCAAGUAUGAUUUUAGCGGGAGAUAUGAUUUGGUGAGAUUCAUAAAAGAAAUUCAAAGUCAAGGACUGUAUGUUUGUCUCAGAAUUGGACCCUUCAUUGAAAGUGAAUGGACAUAUGGAGGAUUCCCAUUUUGGCUACAUGAUGUCCCUGGCAUUGUUUACCGAACAGACAAUGAGCCAUUUAAGUUCUACAUGCAAAAUUUUACAACAAAAAUUGUCAACAUGUUGAAAGAAGAGGGUUUAUAUGCUUCACAAGGAGGCCCAAUUAUAUUGUCACAGAUUGAGAAUGAAUAUCAAAACGUCGAAAGAGCAUUCGGUACGGCAGGUUCGCAGUAUGUUGAAUGGGCUGCAAAAAUGGCAGUAGGCCUUAAUACAGGCGUACCGUGGGUUAUGUGCAAGCAAACAGACGCUCCUGAUCCUGUGAUCAACACAUGUAAUGGUAUGAGAUGUGGAGAAACUUUUACAGGACCAAACUCUCCUAAUAAGCCUGCAAUGUGGACAGAGAAUUGGACAUCAUUCUAUCAAGUGUAUGGUGGAUUGCCGUAUAUACGGUCUGCUGAAGACAUUGCGUUUCAUGUCGCUCUUUUUGUAGCACGAAACGGAAGCUUUAUCAAUUACUAUAUGUAUCAUGGUGGAACAAACUUUGGGAGAACUGCCUCUGCUUAUACUAUAACAGGUUAUUACGAUCAAGCACCGCUCGAUGAAUAUGGUUUGUUCAGACAACCGAAGUAUGGACAUCUCAAGGAGUUGCAUGCUGCAAUCAAGUCUUGUUCAACCACUUUAUUACAAGGAGUGCAGAGGAAUUUCUCAUUAGGUGAAUUGCAGGAAGGUUAUGUUUUUGAAGAAGAAAAUGGAGGAUGUGUUGCAUUGCUUAUAAACAAUGAUAAAGGGAACAAUGUUACUAUCCAAUUUCGCAAUAGUUCAUAUGACUUGCUCCCCAAGUCAAUAAGUAUCUUACCAGAUUGUCAAAAUGUAGCUUUUAAUACUGCAAAUGUAAGUACAACCAGCAACAGAAGGAUCAUAACUUCAAGACAAAACUUCAGCUCAGUUGAUGAAUGGCAACAACUUCAAGAUGUGAUUCCGAAUUUCGAUGACACUUCAUUGAGAUCAAACUCGUUACUCGAGCAAAUGAAUACAACUAAAGACACUUCGGAUUACCUUUGGUAUACUCUUAGGUGA